AUGGAAGUUCCGCUCCAAAUUUGUCGAAAAAACAAGACAACUAUAGAUACCACUGAUGUUUUCACAACUUCAGAGAGAUUUGUCACACGGGAAGAAGUUAUCUGUUGGGUUAAAGAGACCGGAAUCAACAAUAAAGUGACAGUUAUUAUCGCGCGUUCAGACACCGAAACAGGCAAAAGAGGAAGAAGUAACAAAGUGAUAUUUGGGUGCGAUAAAGGUGGAAAAUAUAAGGAUAAAAGUGAGACUCAAAGUGCUACUAAGAGAUGUGGAUGUCCAUUCAAAAUCAAAUCGACUCCGGCAAAAGAUGGGUCUGGAUGGAAGGUUGAUGUAAAAUGUGGAGUUCAUAAUCAUGGUUUACCAGAUAGAUUAGAAGGUCAUUCAUUUGUUGGUAGGUUGACAACUGAUGAGAAGCAGCAUGUUGCUGAUUUGACAAAGAGACAUGUUCCGCCUAGACACAUAUUGAUUUCUUUGCAAGAGCGAGAUCCUGAGAACGUCACUCGGAUCACGCAAAUAUACAAGCAUAAGAGUGUGAUUGAAGCGGAGAUAAGAGGUCCAAGAAGUGAGAUACAGCAUUUGCUUAAGCUUAUAGAGGAGGCGAACUAUGUUUAUUGGAGUAGGAAACGGGAUGAUUGUGAAGUUACAAAGAGUUAUUGUUGGGUCUUGGAUAAGCUGAAGCAAUUGUUUGUGAAGAAAGAUGUGGUUCCACAAGUGAUUCUGACGGAUAGAGAUCUUGCUUUGAUGAAAGCAGUUGAAGUUGUUUUUCCUACGUCGCAUAACUUGCUAUGUCGUUUUCAUAUUAACAAAAAUGUUGGGAUGAAAUGCAAAGAAUAUGUGAUGAAAGACAUGCAAGAGACGAUAGGCAUAUUGGUUGAAUCUGCACAUUGGAAGCUAAAGCAGAUGAUAGGGAACAGCCUUGGUGACAUGGUCAAAGUUUGGGAAGCUAUGAAUUCUAACCUAAAAAUACAAAUAGGUAACAUUCGAGCUUCGUUUCAAAAAAGUUUUUAUGAGGUUGAGCACGCACACAUUAGUCCAUUUUAUGAUAAUAUGUGUGGUUCAGUAUCGAGAGCUGCUUUGAGACGCAUUGCAGAAGAGUUAUUGAGGCUUGAUUAUGUGUUAAAUAGUAGGGAAGUAUGUGGUUGUACUAUGAGCACAAGUUAUGGGCUACCUUGUGCUUGUGAUAUGGGAAGAUUGAUUGUUGUUGGAAUCCCAUUACAAAUAUAA